AUGCUGCUGCUGCUGCUGCUGCUGGGCCUGCUGAGCCCGGCGGCCUGCGGGGCUCCGGGCCCGGCCCCGGGGUCCGCGGAGCUGCGCUCGGCCUUCUCGGCGGCGCGCACCACCCCGCUGGAGGGCACGUCGGAGAUGGCGGUGACCUUCGACAAGGUGUACGUGAACGUCGGGGGCGACUUCGACCCGGCCACCGGGCAGUUCCGCUGCCGCGUGCCGGGCGCCUACUUCUUCUCCUUCACGGCGGGCAAGGCGCCGCACAAGAGCCUGUCGGUGAUGCUGGUGCGCAACCGCGACGAGGUGCAGGCGCUGGCCUUCGACGAGCAGCGGCGGCCGGGCACGCGCCGCGCCGCCAGCCAGAGCGCCAUGCUGCAGCUCGACUACGGCGACGCGGUGUGGCUGCGGCUGCACGGCGCCCCGCGGUACGCGCUGGGCGCGCCGGGCGCCACCUUCAGCGGCUACCUGGUGUACGCCGACGCCGAGGCGCCCGCGCGCGGGGGCCCGCCCGCGCCCGCGGAGCCGCGCUCGGCCUUCUCGGCGGCGCGCACGCGCAGCCUGGUGGGCUCGGACGCGGGCCCCGGGCCGCGCCACCGGCCGCUGGCCUUCGACACCGAGCUGGUCAACAUCGGCGGCGACUUCGACGCGGCGGCCGGCGUGUUCCGCUGCCGCCUGCCCGGCGCCUACUUCUUCUCCUUCACGCUGGGCAAGCUGCCGCGCAAGACGCUGUCGGUGAAGCUGAUGAAGAACCGCGACGAGGUGCAGGCCAUGAUCUACGACGACGGCGCGUCGCGGCGCCGCGAGGUGCAGAGCCAGAGCGUGAUGCUGGCGCUGCGGCGCGGCGACGCCGUCUGGCUGCUCAGCCACGACCGCGACGGCUACGGCGCCUACAGCAACCACGGCAAGUACAUCACCUUCUCCGGCUUCCUGGUGUACCCCGACCUCCCGCCCGCCGGCCCGCCGGGCCUCGGGCCGCCCGAGCUCUGA